CGGCCGGGAGGACAAGUGUGCGAGGGAGUGGGGAGGGUGCUCCUGACCGCUCUCCGUCGCCCUGCUCCCCGUCGCUGGGGCCUUUGGCGGCCGCCUGGGAGACCUCUCACUCAGGAGUGGUGCUUGCGUCCCGUGGCCACCAGGCCUGUGUCCACCCAUCUCAUGUGCUUCGUGUGCCCCUAGAGCCUCAUUCCGUGCUGUCUGGCGGAAGUGCCAUCUCGGCUCACCAGUUCAUCGCCUCACCACCCCAGCGGGGCUGCCUAAGCAUGGCCAUCUCAUCACGCCUCGCCCUGUGGGAACAGAAGAUCCGGGAAGAGGACAAGAGCCCUCCGCCGUCCUCGCCCCCGCCCCUCUUCUCCGUCAUCCCCGGGGGCUUCAUUAGGCAGCUGGUCCGCGAGACCGAGAAAGAGUCCAAGGAAGCCAGGCGGAGGAAACAGGCGGCGCUCGCCUCCCCAGAGCGAGAGACCCCGGAAGUUUCCACCAGUCCACCAAGCAGCAAGACCAACAGUAGCACCAAAUCUGGAAGCCCACAGAGUCCCCAGGACAGCCAGUCUGCCCUACCCCAGGGCGCAAGCAUUACGGGCAAGGACAGCCAGGGGUCUGGCGGCACCACCCCCGCGCAGAUGACCAGCAUCAAUGGCGAGAAGCCACAGGAGCCCGGCCCCCCUGGGACACCAGCUAAGAAGACCCUGCCAUUCAGGAGGGGCGUGAGGGGGGGCGACGUGCUGCUGAUGGUGGCCAAGCUGGACCCAGGAGCUGCCCAGCCAGAGCAGAGGACCCAGCCCCGAGAUGUCCCCGCUUGCAAGACGCCCCCUGCAGUCACAGACCCUGGGGGGAAAAAGCCAGCGGAGACCCCGGGGAGUCCCUGUGGGCCCCAGGCCAACCCUGAGGACUCAGCCCCAAAGCCUGAGAAGACCGGGACUAGGGGUCUUGGGGACCCAGGCCAAGGAACAAAAGACGGGAAAAGCCAUAGUGCAGUGGGGAAGGGGGACAGGGGACCCCAGACCAAAGGACCGAAGGGGGGCGAGCCCCAGGGCAAAGAGGAGCCGAGGACCAGGCCCCAAGCCCAAGGGGCAGGGGACGGGGGGCAGCCAGGGGCAGUGGAGAAGGAGGGAGGGGAUCCCCCAAACAAGACUGAGAAGGGGAAUCUGCGCAAGGAUGUGGGGACCGAAGGGAAACCCUCUGGACCCCAAGUCCAGGUGAGAAAGUGGGGCGGUUCCCUGGGCAGGAGGAGUAAGUGGGGUGGUCCCCAGAGCAAGAAGGACAAAGAAGGUGAGCUCAGGCAGAGGACAGAGGAGACCAGCGAGCCCCCGGCCAAGCCCGAGAGGAGCAAGCCGCGGCCGGCAGGGGGCGCUCCGGGCGCGCCGGGGACGGCAGGCGCACCUGGGCAGACAGGUGAGCCCCAGGCCAGGUCGCAAGAGGCGGGGCAGCUCCCGAGGGAGCCCCAGGGGCCCGGCGGAGCCCCCGAGCAGGUGGCCACCGAGGAGGCGUCGCUGGCUGCAGCCGGGCAGGAGGCCCCGCAGCAAAGGCGAGCGCAGGAGCCCUGUGCGCCCAGAGCCCAGGAUGGGCCCGGGCUGGCGCCGCCGCCGCUGGACGGGAGCCCCGGGCCUGCGGAGACCCCGGAGGUCGGGCGGAAGCGGACGCAGGAGGGGCCGGCCCUGCAGGAGGAGAGCAGAGGCGGCCAGAGCGGAGACUCGGACCAGGCUCCCGAGGACAGAUGGUACCAGGCGGAGAAAGUCUGGCUGGUUCAGAAGGAUGGAUUCACUCUUGCAACGGUGCUGAAACCAGACGAGGGAACAGCCGACCUGCCGGCAGGAAGGGUACGACUUUGCAUUGAUGCUGACAAAACCAUCACGGAGGUGGACGAGGAACAUGUUCACCGGGCCAACCCCCCUGAGCUGGACCAGGCCGAGGACCUGGCCUCCCUUGUCAGCGUCAACGAAUCCAGUGUCCUGAACACGCUGCUGCACCGCUACCGGGCUCGGCUGCCGCACACCUGCAUUGGGCCCGAUCUGAUCGCCCUGCAGCCCCAGGGUCCCUUGGCACCCCCUGCAGCCAAGGUGCCCAGGGGCCGCCGGGAUGGCCUGCCCGCCCACGUCUGUUCCCUGGCCCAGCGGGCCUACUGGGAGCUACUGAGCCAGCGGAGGGACCAGAGCAUCGUGGCCCUGGGCCGCAGCGGCGCAGGGAAGACCACGUGCUGCGAGCAGGUCCUGGAGCACCUGGUGGGAAUGGCAGGCAGCGUGGACGGCAGGGUCUCAGUGGAGAAGAUCCGAGCGGCCUUCACCGUCCUCAGGGCCUUUGGCUCCGUGUCCACGGGCCACAGCCGCAGCGCCACCCGGUUUGGCAUGGUGAUGUCACUGGACUUCAGCGCCACGGGCCGCAUCACGGCCGCUCAGCUCCAGACGAUGCUUUUGGAGAAGAGCCGAGUGGCUCGGCAGCCGGACGGCGAGGGCAAUUUCAAGGUCUUCUCUCAGAUGCUGGCUGGGCUGGACCUGGACCUCAGGACGGAGCUGAACCUGCACCAGAUGGCCGAGGGCAACUCCUUUGGCAUGGGCGUGUGGUCCAAGCCUGAAGACAAGCAGAAGGCAAGGGCAGACUUUGCCCAGCUCCGGGGCGCCAUGGAGACCCUGGGCAUCUCGGAGAGCGAGCAGCAGGCCGUUUGGCGGGUGCUGGCGGCCAUCUACCACCUGGGCGCCGCGGGAGCCUGCAAAGUGGGCCGGAAGCAGUUCAUGCGGUUCGAGUGGGCGAACCACGCGGCCGAGGCCCUGGGCUGUGAGUUCGAGGAGCUGAACACGGCCACCUUCAAGCACCACCUGCGCCAGAUCAUCGAGCAAGUGACGUCCAGGACGAGGCCGUGGGGGCUCGAGGAGGAGGAGGCCAGCCCAGGGCUCAAGAUGACGGGCGUGGCGUGUGUGGAGGGCAUGGCCAGCGGCCUGUACCAGGAGCUCUUCGCGGCCGUCGUCUCGCUCAUCAACAGAUCCUUCUCCUCCAGCCACUUCUCCAUGGCUUCCAUCAUGGUGGUGGACUCGCCAGGCUUUCAGAACCCCCGGCACCAGGGCAAGGACCGGGCGGCUACCUUCGAGGAGCUGUGUCAUAAUUACACCCAGGAGCGCCUGCAGCUGCUUUUCUACCAUCGGACUUUCGUCUCCACGCUGGAGCGGCACAGAGAGGAGGGUGUUCCCCUGCCGUUUGACCUCCCGGAGUCCUCCCCGGCGACCACAGUGGCCGUUGUGGAUCAGAAGCCCUCCCAGGUCCACUUACCAGCUGGAGGAGGGACCGAGGAUGCCAGGGGCCUUCUCUGGGUCUUGGAUGAGGAGGUCCGAGUAGAGGGCUCCAGUGACAGUGUGGUGCUUGACCGUCUGCGUGCAGCCUUUGAGAACGGAGCUGGAGCCGAAGGGACCUCCGCCCUGCGGACCUGUGAGCAGCCCCUUCAGUGCGAGAUUGCCCACCAGCUGGGACACGACCCCGUGCGCUAUGACCUCACGGGCUGGCUCCACAAAGCCAAGCCCAACCUCUCGGCCCUGGACGCCCCCCAGGUCCUUCAGCAAUCGAAAAGGGAGGAGCUGCAGAGCCUGUUCCAGGCCCGGGCCAAGCUGCCCCCGGUGUGCCGGGCAGUGGCGGGCCUGGAGGGCAGCUCGGAGCGGGCGUCGCUGCGGAGCCGCGUGGCGAGGAGGACGUUUGCCAGCAGCCUGGGCGCAGUGAGGAGGAGAGCCCCGUGCUCCCAGGUCAAGCUGCAGGUGGAUGCUCUGGUCAACCUGGUGAAACGGUCUCAGCUACACUUUAUCCACUGCCUGACGCCGACCCCGACGGUGGAGAGCAGGGGUGGCCGGGGCUCUCCCACACCGCCACGGCCUGAUGGGGACCAACCCGAGGCAGACACGCCCCUGCCCCUGGACAUCCCAGGCCUCAGGGUGCAGCUGGCAGGAUCCCACAUCCUGGAGGCGCUGCGUCUGCACAGGACAGGCUACGCUGACCACAUGGGGCUCGCUCAGUUCCGCCGGCGCUUCCAGGUGCUGGACCCUGAGUUGCUGAAGAAGCUCGCGUCGACCUCGGAGGGAACGGACGAGAGGAAGGCCGUGGAGCAGCUCCUGCAGACCCUGGAUCUGGAGAAGAAGGCGGUGGCCGUGGGACACAGCCAAGUCUUCCUCAAGGCGGGUGUGGUCUCCCGGCUGGAGAGGCAGCGAGAGAGGCUGGUGUCCCGGAGCAUGGUGCUCUUCCAGGCGGCCUGCAAGGGCUUCCUGUCGCGCCAGGAAUUCAAGAGGCUGAAGAUUCGCCGCCUGGCUGCCCAGUGCAUCCAGAAGAACAUGGCUGUGUUCCUGGCCGUCAAGGACUGGCCAUGGUGGCAGCUCUUUGGAUCCCUCCGGCCGCUGCUGAGUGCCACCAUCGGGACUGAGCAGCUCCGAGCCAAAGAGGAGGAGCUGACACUGCUGAAACAGAAGCUGGAAAAAUCAGAAAAGUCGAGGACCGAACUCCGGCAGAACACAGACCGGCUGGAGAGCCAGAUUGCUGAUCUGACCACAGAGCUUGCGGAUGAGCGUUUCAAAGGGGAUGUGGCCUGCCAGGUGCUGGAGAGCGAGCGGGCAGAGCGGCUGCAAGCCUUCCGGGAGGCCCAGGAGCUCAAGAGCAAGUAUGAGCAAGUCCAGAAGAAUUUGGGAGAAGUAGAGAAACAGCUGGAAGAAGCCCAGCAGAAACUUCAGCUGAAUGACUUGGAAAGGAACCAUGCUGGGGGAGCAGAUGAGUGGCAGAUGCGCUUCGAUUGUGCUCAGAUGGAGAACGAGUUUCUCAGAAAGCGUCUCCAGCAGUGUGAAGAGAGGUUGGACGCCGAGCUGACAUCCAGGAAGGAGCUGGAGCAGAAGCUGGGGGAACUGCAGAGUGCGUACGAGGCAGCCAAGCGGACAGCUCACCAGCUGAAGAGGAAGUGCCACCACCUGACCUGGGACCUGGAGGACACUCGCGUCCUGCUGGAGAACCAGCAAAGCCGAAACCACGAGCUGGAGAAGAAGCAGAAGAAGUUUGACAUGCAGCUGGCCCAGGCCCUGGGGGAGUCGGUGUUUGAGAGGAGCCUACGUGAAAAAGUGUCGCAGGAAAACAGCGGCGUGCGGUGGGAGCUGGGGCAGCUGCAGCAGCAGGUCAAGCAAAAGGAGCAGGAAACUAUGAAGCUGAAGCAGGAGGUGGAGAUGCUGCAGAACCAGAAGCGGGAGCUGCUGGAGUCAGCCUCUGCGGGGAAAGACGGCAUCGCUGGCCUGAAGGAGCGGCUCUGGAAGCUGGAAUCCAGCAAGCUUGAGCAAGAGAAAAUCCAGAACCAGCAGGAAAAUACCAUCAAGCAGCUGGAACAGCUCCGCCAGCGUUUUGAGCUAGAAAUCGAGAGGAUGAAGCAGAUGCAUCAGAAGGACCAUGAGGACCAAGAGGAGGAGCUGGAGGACGUCCGUCAGUCCUGCCAGAAGCGGCUCCGCCAGCUGGAGAUGCAGCUGGAGCAGGAACACGAGGAGAAGCAGAUGGUCCUCCACGAGAAGCAGGACCUGGAAGGCCUGAUCGGGACCCUCUGUGACCAGAUCGGCCACCGGGACUUCGACGUGGAGAAGCGUCUUCGGAGGGACCUGCGGAGGACGCAUGCCCUGCUGUCCGAUGUUCAGCUUCUGCUGGCCACCAUGGAGGACGGCAAGACCUCUGUCAGCAAGGAGGAGCUGGAGAAAGUGCACAGCCAGCUGGAGCAGAGCGAGGCCAAGUGUGAGGAUGCCUUGAAGACCCAGAAGGCGCUGACCACGGACCUGGAGAACAUGCACAGUGAGCUGGAGAACGUGACCCGGAGCAAGAGCCUGGUGGAUGAGCAGCUGUACCGGCUGCAGUUCGAGAAGGCGGACCUGCUGAAACGCAUCGACGAGGACCAGGACGACCUCAACGAGCUCAUGCAGAAGCACAAGGACCUCAUCGCUCAGUCUGCUGCUGACAUUGGUCAGAUCCAAGAACUACAGCAAGAACUGGAGGAAGUCAAGAAGGAAAAGCACAAGCUUCAAGAGCAGCUGCAGGUGGCAGAGAUGCGCAUCCAGUACCUGGAACAGUCCACGGUGGACCGAGCCAUCGUCAGCAGACAGGAGGCAGUCAUCUGUGACCUGGAGAACAAGACGGAGUUUCAGAAAGUGCAGAUUAAGAGAUUUGAGGUCCUGGUGAUCCGACUUCGGGACAGCCUAAUCAAGAUGGGCGAGGAGAUGUCGCGGGCCCAGGAGUCUGAGUCCCAGCAGCGGGAGAGCAGCCAGUACUACCAGCGACGCCUGGAAGAGUUGAAGGCAGAUAUGGAGGAGCUGGCGCAGCGGGAGGUGGAGGCCAGCAGGAGGUGCAUGGAGCUGGAGAAGUACGUGGAGGAGCUGGCCACCGUGAGGCAGACCCUCCAGACGGACCUGGAGACGUCCAUCCGGCGGAUCGCCGACCUGCAGGCGGCCCUGGAAGAGGUGGCCUCCAGCGACAGCGACACAGAGAGUGUGCAGACAGCGGUGGAUUGUAGCAACAACAGUGGCCGAAAAGAAAUAGACAGCGUCUCCCUGGUCAGCUCCCAGCCAGAGGGCAGUCUGCGGUCCUGGCUGAGCUGUACCCUGUCCCUGGCCACAGACAGGAGCCCCUCUCGGCAGUCGGCCGUCAGCAGCUGCGUCCUCAGCCCCAGGGCUGGCACGGAGACCCGGGAUGCUGGGAGGACCCGGCCGGCCUCGGUGCUCAGCAGAGCCUGGGACGUCGGCAGCAGGACCUUGAGAGACGGCUCUGUCCCUCCCGGCUCCAGUCCUCAGCAGAAGUCCUGCCGUUUUGAGGAUGGAGAAGGGUUUGGUGUCCAGAGGAAGCCCACGGAGAGAGCAGGAGCUCUGUCUACUUCCCUGGCUUCUCGGAGUCCGGAUCCGUCCCCACUGCCCAGGGAAAAGCUGCCCAGCCCGUCGGCGGCCCUCUCCGAGUUCGUGGAAGGACUCCGGAGGAAAAGGUCCCAGAGGGGACAAGGGUCCACUCUGGGCCUGGAGGAUUGGCCCACACUCCCCAUUUACCAGACCACCGGGGCGUCCACACUAAGGAGGGGCAGGGCCAGCAGCCAUGAGGGAGACCUGUCCCUGAGGUCCCGGGCAGAGUCGGCCCUGGGAGAGGAGGGGGCCGUGGGGACAUCGGCUAGGCUCCUGCGCUCCUCCAGCCUCAAGUGCAUCUCCACGGAGGGCACCGAGGACUCAGCGCAGCUGCCCGAGAAGCUCAACACCCGCUUCAGCUCCUGUGAGUCCCUCUUAGAAUCAGGAUCCAGCUUGGGGAGAAAACUGAGCCCCCCAACCCCCCCCAGAGACCCGUUCCUGUCACCCACGCUGCGGCCCCGGAGGAGGUGUCUGGAGUCCUCAGUGGAUGAUGCAGGCUGCCCGGAUCUCGGGAAGGAACCCCUGGUCUUCCAGAACCGUCAGUUCGCCCACCUGAUGGACGAGCCCGUGGGCAGCGAUCCGUUCAGCUGGAAGCUCCCCAGCCUGGACUACAGACGCAAGACCAAAGUGGACUUUGAUGACUUCCUGCCUGCUAUCCGGAAGCCCGAGACACCCCCGUCCCUGACCAGGGCAGCCAAAGAUGAGCACAACGGUUCCAAGCAUUCGAGCGUCCACUUUGAGACGGAGAAGGCUGACCGCCCCUUUCUCUCGGGGAUCAAGACCAUUUUGAAAAAGAGCCCGGAGUCCAAGGAGGACCCCGCUCACCUCUCCGACUCGUCUUCCUCCUCCAGCUCCAUCAUGUCUUUCAAAAGUGCCGACAGCAUCAAGAGUCGACCGAGACCCCCGCGCCUCGAGGGGGACGGUGGGGAGCGAGCGUCCCCCGAGAGCAGAGAACCGGGCGCAGAGAGGAAAGACGAGGACGUGGAGAGCAUAAUGAAGAAGUACCUCCAGAAGUAGGGCCAGCAGCCUCGGGAGGUGCAAUCCUUGGAGACGUCCAGUUCCACAGCCGCCCGCGGAGAGAGACUGGCCAGGCCUCCCCAGGGGCCCUGCCUGGAGCCACCAGCACAGCCCCCCGAGAGGCGAGAAGGGCCCGAGAGGCAUCUCCCGCUGGGGGCAGGGGCUCCCCGUGUGCCUGGUCUGUACAAAAUAAAGUUGUCUUCCUUGGUA